AUUGUUGAUUUUUAUGCCAUAUAUUGGGAUCCAGAAAUAAUACAAGAUGUUUUUUUCCAUGAUUAAUAAAAUUAUAGUUCUAGGAAUAUUAAUUUUAAUUGUUCCUACUUAUGGCAAUCAAAGUACGCAUUUGAAAGCCAGAGAUUCUCAAGUAAGUGCAAAAUUUACGCCGUUUAAGGAUUUUGUUGCUAAGGAUGAAGAUAUCAUUGUUUAUAUUUUGAAAGAAGAUUAUAAAGAUCAAGAUAAAUGCGAAUCAAAGCUUGAGGAAUAUUGUAAAGAAUUGAAAGUUAUAGAUCCAGGAUUAAAUAAAGUUCAUACUAAAGUUAAAGAAAUUUGUGAAAAUAAAAAAAAAAAAUGCAAAGACAUAAAAGUAAAGAUUGAAAAAAAAAUACAUGAAAUUGCUGAAUUAAUCGAGGAUUUGGAGGAAGAAGAUUUCUUUUAUGAAGGAUGCGAUCAAUAUUAUCAAACAUGUAUGCUUUUUGAACAUAUAAAAGAAAAAGAUGUUUUAGAUUCCUGCAGUAUGCUUAGAUAUUCCUGUUAUUUUCUCAGGGAUACAGAGAUGAGAAAUGAAGUCAUUCUUAGAGCUUUUGGUACUAGUAUUAUUGAAUCUAAAGAUUUUGAGGAAAAAAAGCAGGAAAUUUGUCCAACAUUGAUUAAAAAGGGUGAUGAUCUAGUUUUUUUCUGCCUUGAAGAUAAUUCACUUGAAAAUUUCAAUGAAAGUAUUGAUGAGUUUUGCAAUUCUUUAAGCGAUCUUAUUAAUAAGAAUAAAAAAGAAGAAGUAUGUCAUGAAAAACUCGGAAUAUAUCCUCUUCUCAAAAAGAGAUGUGAAAAGAUAAACAACAAAUUUAAGGGACUAUGUGAGGGAAAGAAUAUUACAUAUAGGCCUCCAGUUAAAGAUUUUAAUCCGAUUGAGCCGAAAAUGACAUUGUUAGAGAUGAUUGAUCUGGAAAAUCUUUAUAAAGAAGGAAGAAAUAGAGGACUAAUUCUUGGAGCUUUAGAAAAAACGUUGGAUGACAUGUUAAACCAUUUGUCUUUGGGUAGUUCUGAUAAUAGGGAAGAGCAAUGUAAGAACGUACUAAAUACUAGGUGUAGUUAUCUUAAAACUAUAAGUUCUGAAUUUAAAGAAUUAUGUGAAAAAAAAAAUAAAUAUGAAGAAAAAUGUAAAGAUAUAUCAGAUAUAACGGAUAGGUGUAGAAAGUUUAGAAUGAGACUUUAUCAAGAUGGAACUUCUACAGAAUUUAAAGAUGAAGGCAAAUCGGGAAUUUUGUCUUAUGAUCAGCUUUCGACAUCAUUUAGUGAGAAUGAAUGUUUAGAGGUUAUUUCGGAAUGUGAGUAUAUUAAAGGAUUAUGCAAACCUAAUAUGCUUAUCGAAUGCCAAAAUCUAAAACUGGCAUGUCAUAAAAAGAAAGAAGAUCAACUAUUCAUUAAAUUAAUUGGAAGUGAGUUGUACAAACUUAAUAAAUUAGGAUCGAAUGAUGAAAGAUUUAAUAAAUGCCAAAGAAUAGUAAUGGAGAAGUGUGCUACAUUUAAAAAUAAUAAUGUUGAGAUUUUUAUGAGAUGCCUUCGGCCAAAGGAGAUAUGUCUUAGAUUUGAAAAAAUUAUUUCGUCUCAAUUGAAAGAUCUAGAACAACUUUUCAAUGCAGUAGGGGAUUCUCCUAAAGAAAAGGACUGCAUUAAAUUGAAAGAGGGUUGUGAAGGUAUUUUAAAAGAUUUAGGAUUAAAUAAUGAGAAAUGCGUUAAAUUGAAAGAGCGUUGUGAAUAUUUUAGAGUUAGAAAAGAACUGAAAUAUGCGUUUUUGAAAGAAGAAAGUGAUGCAUUAGCGGAUAAUCAAAAAUGUAUGAAAGCUUUGAAGGAUAAAUGUGAUAAAUUAUCUAAAGGGGAGGAAAAUCUAUAUCGUGUUUCAUGCAAUUCACUAGAAGAAACAUGCAAAUUUAUGGUUUCAGAAGCUAAGAAUCAUUGCGAUAUUUUAAAAAAUAACAUGCAAGAACAUAAAAUUCUGGAUAAAACUAAAGGUUCAAAUCAAACAUUGGUUAAAAAACUCUGUACAACAUGGGGUUCAUAUUGUCGCCAACUUAUGGAGAACUGCCCGGACACGUUAAAAAAAGGUUCCAAUAGCCAUAAUGAAAAAGGAGUCUGUUUACAAUUGAAAGAGAAUUGUAAGCCAUUCUGGGUUGAAAAGAAAGUGGAGGAUAAACCAGCAAAAGAAGAAGAAAAGAAAGUGGAGGAUAAACCAGCAAAAGAAGAAGAAAAGAAAGUGGAGGAUAAACCAUCAAAAGAAGAAGUGAAACCGAACGAGGGGAUAAAAAUAAAAGUUACCGAGAUGAUUAAAAUAAUGUUUUUGGGAGUAAUUGUUAUGGGAAUGAUGUAA